UCCAAGCUCCAGAGAAAGCGGUACUAACAGCACCGUGACUCCAGCAAUGGCACCUACAAUCACUGCAGCUAUGCGAUACUCACAGGGACACGUGGCAAUGACAAACAAGUUGAGAAAACCGGUGGUUGAAAAGAUGCGCAGAGAUCGUAUCAACAGCAGCAUCGAGCAGCUCAAGACGUUACUGGGAAAAGAAUUCGUGAAGCAGCAGCCCGAUUCCAAACUGGAGAAAGCGGACAUCCUGGAAAUGACCGUCUGCUACCUGAGACAGAGCGCCUCCGCCCGGCCAGCGACGGGAAAUGAAGGCUACUCCAGGUGUGUGCAAGAAAUCGUGCGCUUCCUUUCCCGGGAUGAAAUGAAGACAGAAACCCAGAGAAAACUACUGAACCAUUUCCAAGCUGCGCAGAAUUCUCCAGUGCAUCAGACCCCCGUCAAAGAGGCGACCCCGGUGAAGAGUGCCCUCUGGCGGCCCUGGUAGAUCACAACGGACACUGUCACUUUGAACACUUUGACAUACAGAAUUCAACAUGCCUGUCUAUGAUGGGCAUAUACAGUAAUUCUCAUUGUGUAGGGGGUGUUUCCCUUCCUCUUUUGCUUGUGCAGAAGAUUUUAAUGCUACUUUCAUUGACUGAAAGGAACCACAAUAGGUACCCAAUGCUGGGGCAAUAUUGUGAACGCUAGUAUUUGUUCAUUCUUCUUAUACAAGAAGUGUGUAUGCAGCGAUGACGCUGUUUAGUUCAAAGUCAUUUCUGUUUAUAGAAAUAUUAUGAUGAGUAAAACACGGGUAUUCCUGUCCUCUGUGAAGGCAGUAUAUCCUGAAUAGAAUCUUGUCUCACAAAAAUUGUGCGUGCAUAGCUAAUGCUAACGAUUUUUAAAUGGUUUGAAAGUUAUUUUUCUCUGCAGAGAAAUUAUCUGAAAUAGUUUGGGUAUUCAUGCCUCUUGUGAUGGCAAUAUAUCUGUAAUUGUAUAUAAUUACACAGGAAGUGUGUACGCAUUGCUGAAACUGUAUGGUAUUUUUUUUAUAAAGUAACACUGAAAUACUUCAAACAGUAUUUAUAUAACGACCUGUUCUGAAGGUGGCAUCUCUUUAUUGUAUCUUGUUACACAAGAAAUCUGUAUUAUUGAUGAAAAACUAUUCCCAAAAUAUGAACUUGAUCUUU